GCACUGUCGCGUCGGAACAACCGCAGAAAGCUCGGCAGUUAGGCCUAUUUGUGUGUGUGUGUGUCCGUAAGUGUUCUGCUUGUUUAUGUGCGACGAAAAACGACAGCCAGAUGCCCGAUAACACCUGAGCCGUGUGUGAUUGCCUCGGAUGUGACUGGUGCGACGGCGUGCUGCGCGGACGCACUAUGUGGCUCGUCCUGGAGUGAUUCAUCCCCGGCGAGCGAUAUCUCCCGGCUGGAAUUGACAGAAAAAUCAAGAUGGCCUCCGAGACUCAAUUGCCCCCGGCUGCUGCUGCGCCGGACACCGAUUCGGUGGUUGUGUAUAGCACGAACGCGGUGGAAGAACGGGAGAUUACCGUCACAGAGCGGGCACCAAAACCCAAGCCACCGCCAAUUGAUGUUACCGCAGCACAGCAAUACCAACAGCCGGACAACAAGACGCCCACGACGGUGCAGCCACAGACACCCGGCAGUUCAGCUUAUAAGAGCAAGCUGGACAAGGAGAAGAAGAUUGGCCACCGGCGUGUUGACGAGGAGGGCCAGAUCACUUACAAAAAGAUUCAAACAUCACAAAUUAUAGGUUCAAUUCAACUAGGCAUAGGUUACGCUGUUGGCAGUUUGGCAUCGAAACCAGAGCGUGAUUUAUUGAUGCAGGACUUCGCCAUGGUAGAGUCCAUCUUCUUUCCUGGGGAGGGGAGCAAUCUCACACCAGCACAUCACUAUAGCGACUUCAAAUUCAAGGCGUACGCUCCAGUCGCCUUUCGAUACUUUAGGGACCUGUUUAGCAUAAAAACUGAAGAUUUUUUGAUGUCCUUGUGCCACGAACCCAUGAGGGAGCUGACAAACCCUGGUGCCAGCGGGAGUGUAUUUUACCUCACCAACGACGAUGAGUUCAUCGUCAAAACAGUUCAGCACAAGGAAGCCGAGUUUUUGCAGAAUCUGCUUCCAGGUUACUACAUGAACUUGAACCAAAACCCACGAACACUGCUGCCCAAGUUCUAUGGCCUCUACUGCUACCAGUGUGGCGGCAAGAAUGUGCGUGUUGUGCUGAUGAACAACCUGCUUCCCUCGGUGGUGCCCAUGCACCAGAAGUACGACUUGAAGGGCUCCACCUACAAGCGAAAAGCGAACAAGCAUGAGCGCAGCAAACGCUCUCCGACCUUCAAGGACCUUGACUUUCUCGAGCACCAUCCUGAUGGCAUCCUGCUAGAGGCUGACACCUACAACGCUCUCAUCAAGACCAUCCAAAGGGACUGCCGGGUCUUGGAGAGCUUCAAAAUAAUGGACUACAGCCUUCUCGUAGGCAUUCACAACAUCGACCAGGCGGCGAGAGAACGAACAGAGCAGCAGUCUCAGGGUGCAAAGGAUGAAGUGAAACUUAAUUCAGCUGGCUCGGAAGAAGACUCCAGCUUCAAACCAACAGGAUCUGGGCUGACGCGGAGUAAGUCCGUAAACCGGCAACGGCUGGCGAACUUCUCCACUGCCAUGGAAUCAAUCCAGGCUGAUGUAGAGCCCAUUGAUCAUGACGAGGAUGUUCCAACCGGUGGCAUCCCAGCGAGGAACUCCAAAGGAGAGCGACUACUCUUGUUCAUUGGAGUCAUCGACAUUUUGCAAAGCUACCGGCUCAAGAAAAAGCUUGAGCACACCUGGAAGUCCAUGUUUCAUGACGGGGACUCUGUUUCAGUGCACAGGCCCAGCUUCUACGCACAACGGUUUCAGGACUUCAUGGCCAAAAGGGUCUUCAAGAAGAUUCCCUCUCUGGAUCUCCCUGAAAUCAAGGGCCCUCAUCGCAAAUUUAGAGCCCUGGUCUCUAGUGUCUUAGCACUGAAGCACUCACCUUCAAAAAGGAAAGGAGCUCCAGGGAGAACACGUCAGGUUUCAGCCAACGAACAGGAUGUCAUCAAGGAGGAAACGGAAGCGGACACAUCGCCAGGCAAAGAUCAAGCUCGCAAGAGAAGCGGCCCGAUCGUGCUUGACGAAUGGAGGCAGCAGCAGCAGCCUUAGCAGCGGCCCCCAGUGAGCUGCAGCGGACAACGCCAAGCCACAACGAGGGCCACUGCUGUUGCUGAUGCCACCGCCACCCCCUACUGCCAAGUCUGCGGUUUGAACGAGAUCUCUGGCCCACUCGUGUCGCUCGCAGGGGACAGCUGUGCUUCGUGAUACUCCUCCUGCGGACUCGAUUUUUGAUAUCGCCUCUUACCUCUCGCGGCGACAUGUGUGCCCAUUGUUGCCAGUUGUUGACGCAGUUUGUACCAGGUCGCCGUUUACGGUCGGGUCGCCUAACGAAACAGAAAUGUCGUGGCAUAUUUUUAUGCAAGCUUCGCAGUGUGUAAACCGUUCGUGCGUAGCCAGGCACAGCUUAGAUUUGUGUAAAUGUGUAGCAAUGUACGUUGCCUGAUUUAAGACUUUGGCUUUAGCGUUAUAUGUGUCUGCCAAGAUGGCAGGCCGAGAAAAACUUGCUUGUCGUUAUUUAGAGAAUUUUUCACUUUGGCACUAUUUCUUAGUAAUAUAUGAUGUCGUUACUCUAUGUUGUGAAUAUUUGAGCACUCCUCUGUUUUUGUCUUACUUGUGAUGAUGAGCUGUUGUCUAAUCAUAUUCUUCUUUUAGAUGUUCAUAUCUGUCCAUAUUUUUAAGUGUAAAAUGCACUUAGUUAACAAUUAGUGUUGGGUAUGUGCAAUUGUACAAUGUUACACAGUGGGCUCUAAGCUCAAGAGUAUACAUUUAGCCGGUAGGUCUGACAUUUCUGUGAAAAAAAAGUUAACAGACCCAGGUGCAGAGAUAUCCCCACUUAGAGUUUGUGGCUCCAAUACACAGGGGCAAUUACAACUAGUGUUUCUAUACAUAUGAAUAGUUCUGUUUGCCUUGCUGAGGCUUCUGUUUUAGAAAUACUUGUCUUAAGGAACAACUAUUUUAUGUGCAAGGUCACUUUGUUUUACAGUACUAUGACAUUUAAAUGUGCAAUCCCCGUGCGUGUUGUUCACUUAUUCUUAUUGUCCAUGCUUGGUAGCUGUGUCUUGGUAUGCUUGUGUAGUAUGUCGUCCUAUUGUGAUUUCUUUUUUUUGGCAUUUAUAAGUGUUAUGAAACAUUGUAACAUUUACAGUGUUCGACUUGUUACUACUUAAAGCUGUUACAUGCUCUUGCUAUUAUGCAGGUAUGUUACAUUAUUAGCACUGUCCACUACACUAAUUAAAUAAUGCCUACAGUAGGUGCCAACUGAAAGUACUGCAGUGUGCCUAAUCUUAUCACGACAUACAGUAAAAUCUUCAAAAUUCAAGAUCAAGUUAUCCAAAAUUACGUGUGACUUGCAUGAUUCAGUCAGUCUUUGUCAUAAUUUGAACAGCCAGAGCACACAGUAUGUUUUUAGCUUGGUCUGUAACUACCAAAGCUAGGCAAUUCUAACUGCUCUUGAACUUCUUGCCACUAGAGCUCAUGUUUAAAGCAUCCCUCUGUAACAGUGUCACACCUGAUUGAUGGCAGUUAAGGAUGCGAAAGAACUGUAAUCAUUCUGACAGCUGUCACUUUUAAGCAUACUGAUCUGAGGGUACAACAUGUUUCUCAACAAAUCUCACUUUUGCUGUGGAAGCACACAACCGACACGAUGCCCUCACCCAGAAAAAGUGAUGACCAAAAUAUUGACUUGCCAGCCAGAUACUCGUCAUUCGCCUCUGUGUAUUUGGACAAUCAAGUUUGGCCAAUAUAGGUCAAGGUAAUUUGGAUACAUUCAGUCUGGCCAAAAGCCCAAAUGCCCACUCUGGAAUAUGACUGUGGAGCGUAAUUCUGGAAUAUGAGUUCAGGAAUAUGAUUCUGGCCACUUCAAAUCACCCAACCAAAUAUUCUCAUAACAAGUGCUUAACAUAACAGUUUAGUAGACAGGCACUGCUUAUAUGUGUGCCUGUUUAACGAAGUUUCAUGUGUUUUAUCCCCAAGUUAUCUGGGGUUUUAUUUCUUUAAUUCGAAAAUCUAAUUGGAAUAUAUUUUUCUGCUAUGUUUAUAGAAUUAUCAAGGUUUUACUGUAGCGUCAAUUAUGUGCCACAUGAUUUGUACACAUAUGCCACUAUAUUUACUUAUGGUAGAGUUACCUGUGUGGACGUAAUUCUCAUUUGUAGAGGUGGCCACUUGCGAAUGAGACGUACGAAGUGAUAUAGUAUAGUACCAGUGUCUAGACGGAUUUCGUCCAAUAACGUGAUGUCAGUUGCCUCCGGAGCAGCCUGCAAUACACAGUCUCAUUUGGCACGUGUGACUCUAUGACAAAGGAGGAUGGACAGGGUCGUUCGCACAGCAUAGUGUCGUCAGCAAAUCCAUAUAAUUUUAUUUACAGUGUAGAUAGUAGUUCGUUUCAGAAACUAAAGAUGCCGAGUGACGUGCUGAUCCCCGUGGCGUUGGCAAUCGCAUGAGCUUCUGAGCAAUGAUUUCCCUGCUUCAGAUCAUUAUUUCAGCGUGCAUUUAUGAAACUUGAUUUCUGUGUAGAAAUAUUUGAGCAGUACGGACUUCUGGCUAUUGAAACCUUGCGCUUUUCUUUAGUGUGUUAUGUAUAUUUGACCUGCUGUUUCACAUGGCAGCAUCCUGUGAUGAUUGAUGGCACGAAGGCUUGUUAGCGUACUAAGCGUUUAAGCCGCAAGGUUUGUGGUUCUCGUGCAGAAGUGUCCUUACAUAUGUAUAAUUGUAAGAGUCACAACGCAUUUAUUUUGGACUUGUCAUGAUCUUUCCGCUCCCUUUAUCACAAACAGUGUGGACUGGCAAGUUUUACUUGGAAGUGUUUUGAACCUCUUGUUUUUUUUUAACUAUUUAUGUUCAUUUUGAAGUAAGUAUCCACUCACAGUUCGAGUGACUGGUUGAUGCCACAUUUUGAGUCAGAUUUAAGCAGGAGUCUGUUUCUACUUUUUUCUGUGGUUUCUCGAGUUGAGGCAUCUUGCAUAGACAGACAGUUCUCGUUGUAAUAUUUGUUUUUAUAUGUAAGAUUACUUCGCAAGUCCUUAAUAAAGCUGUUUUCUACACAUAAAAA